CAUAAACGCACGUUUGACGUACGACGUGUUCCUUCAUCUGUGUGCGACCAGCUGUAAUUUGUUUUGUCAUGUUGCGAAUCGAGACAAAAUAAAGGGCAAGCAGUGAAAUACGCAGUUAAACUUGCACGGAGAAGAAAUCUUACGGCCGUUUCUUGAAAAUGGUGUACAUUUCAAGAAACGGCGUGGUACAGGAAGCCCAACCAUGGGGCGUAGAUCGCAUCAAGGGUCUCAUAAUGGGAUUCUUUAACUUCCUGGUGAUGUUUUUCCGCACGAUGCUGGAUUUCCAGGGUGGUGGCGGAUCGGGUGGUCGUGAUGUACGGCGUGGGGGCGGUGGCGGUGGUGGAAAUGACGGACCACCGGGAGGACCGCGCCGAAGACCGAUCGGGCGACCGAUGACACUGUCCGACUGUACCGUGCCCGGUGGCGGAUGAGCUCGGUAAAGUGUCAAACCGCUAGCUAACGGUUAGCGUUUGGCACCGUACACCCCCCCCCCCCCCCCCCCUCUACCAUCCGGCAGAGCCUGUGUGGGCCCGUAGGGAUACUCCUACGUAUGACGGGCGCGUCCUAAACCUCCGCUACCAAACAGGCGGGUGCGUCCCGAAGAAUGGGCUACACAGGUUUGCCAACACUUUUUUUUUUCUCUGCGUGUCUGGUGGUGGGAGAAUAGUUAAUUUUUUGUUUCGUUUGUGCUGCAUCGCUCUACGGCGUUCGUAAUGCUUCUAUCAACAUUCUAAAAUCAACCACUCAAUUGAAUAUCAUAACUAGCCACUCCCUAUGGCCGGUUUAGAAAUCUCCGUGAAUAGGUUUAGCUUUCGGUUUUCGUUUUUCACUGCGGUAAAAAUUAAUCAAUCAUUAUUAAAUUACCUUUUUCGUGUAACAUAAUGUAUAUCCA